UCAUGAGUGAUUGUACAUCGCAUUUUUUUUGUUGUCGGCUUUACAUUUAUAUAAAACAAAUUAUAAAGUAUAUAAAACAAAUAUAGUAUCAGCAAUUACAAAUAAGCCUUCUUUCUGUAACAUUAAGAUAAAGACCAAAAAUGUUCGGAACAUCCAGCAUAGGUGGUGGUAGUACCUUUGGCACAACAGCACCAACUACUACUCCAAAUCCCAUGAAAGAUUUUGAAGUUGUAUCGCCUCCUGAAGAUACAGUUUCUGCUCUUGAAUUCAGUCCCUCGACCCUACAACAGAAUUUCCUCAUUGCCGGAAGCUGGGAUAGUAGUGUGCGAUGCUGGGAAGUGGAACAUACUGGCAAAACAGUACCCAAAUCAAUGAAAACACUUGGAGGCCCAGCACUCGAUGUGUGCUGGUCUGACGAUGGCACAAAAGUUUUUAUGGCAUCGUGCGACAAACAAGUUAAAUGCUGGGAUCUAGCUUCAGAUCAAGUUCUCCAAGUUGCGGCCCAUGAUGCUCCAGUUAAGACUUGUCACUGGGUCAAGGGAUCAAACUAUACAUGUCUUAUGACUGGUUCCUGGGACAAAACCUUAAAGUUUUGGGAUACGCGCUCACCAAAUCCAAUGAUGGUUAUCAAUCUCCCUGAACGCUGUUAUUGUGCUGACGUAGACUAUCCUAUGGCUGUAGUUGGUACAGCUGGAAGAACACUAAUUGUCUAUUCGCUGGAUCAGAAACCAAGUGAAUUUAAGCGCCAAGAAAGUCCACUGAAAUAUCAACAUCGUACAAUUUCAAUAUUUCGGGACAAAAAAAAAGCUCCAACAGGUUACGCCCUUGGGAGCAUUGAAGGACGCGUUGCUAUUCAGUAUGUGAACCCCGUUAAUCCGAAGGAUAAUUUCACAUUCAAGUGCCAUCGAAUGACUGGAACCGCUGGUUACCAGGAUAUAUAUGCUGUAAACGAUAUUGCAUUCCACCCCGUUCAUGGUACCCUUGUGACAGUAGGCUCUGAUGGAACCUUUAGUUUUUGGGAUAAGGACGCGCGAACAAAACUUAAGUCCUCGGAAAUGAUGGACCAGUCCAUAACUAAAUGUGGAUUUAAUGCCAAUGGACAAAUUUUUGCGUAUGCAGUCGGCUACGAUUGGUCUAAGGGACAUGAGUACUUUAACGCAGCCAAGAAACCAUCUAUAUUCCUUCGUCCAUGUUAUGAUGAAUUAAAACCACGCAUUAAUUAAAAAACUACAUGUUGACUGGUAAUGAGUCUGCAUUAAGUUUAUUAUUAAAGCAACAACUAUGUUUUUAAACUAUGA